AUGCUUAUUAAGAGCAAAGCUAAAAAAUAUGCAACUUUAUUCAUUUUUUUGCAAAGUUUUUUAAACAUUUAAAGAUGUAUUUAUGCUUUAGGAAUUAAUACUACGCACAGUGAUUACAGUUAAUUUAACUAAAUUCUUUCUUUUGAGAAAGAAUAAGUUAACAAUUAAAAACAAUCUUAAUGCUUAGAGUUUGAUCAAUUUAACCCAAAAAAAUGCUUGAAAUGUUAAAAAGGAUAUUUUUUAGAUAGCUAAUCUGAAAAAUAAUGUAUAAAAUGCUAAAAUGGGUGCUAAUAUUGUUAAUCUAUUGAUGAUUGCUUUAAUGAAGGAGAGGAUUAGAUAAAGUAAUUUAAUUAAAAUCCUACAAAAAUAUAAUAGCACUUUAACUAGAUAAAGAAAAGAAAUUUGGCGGUUUGCUCGCCUGGCUAGUUUUUUCAGAAUGGGUAAUGCGUGAAUUGCAGUUAACCAUGUUUCAAUUGUAUAAAUUAAAGCUCUUUUUGCACAGAUUGUAUGACUGGAUUUUAUUUGAACAAUAAUUCUUGCGUAAGCUCUUGUCCUAAUAAUAUGGUUAUUUAAGGAAAUAUGUGUUAACAAAAUUGCAAUUAAGGAUUCUACUUAGAUUUUACUUCAAAUAAAUGUCAAUAAUGUCCUUCUAACUGUAUUAAUUGCUUAAAUUAGUAUUAGUGCUAUAAUGGAUGUCAGCCAAAUUAUUUUUUGUUAGAUGGAUAAUGCUUAUAAACAUGUCCCUCAGGAUAUUUUUCUGUUUCAGGAACAUUUUCCUAAUGUCAAAAAUGCUUAUAAUAUUGUUAAACUUGCAAAAAUGGGACUACUUGCUAGUCAUGUAUUUCUGGUUAUUUUUUAGAUUCAGUAACUUAAACUUGUCUACCAUGUCCCUAUAAUUGUUAAAACUGUACAAGCCAAGAUCCAUCUACUUGCACUAGUUGUAUUAUCAAACUUAGUCCUUGCUUACAGUCAUACUAAUGCUAAUUCCCUUCUGGAUAUUACUUUGAUAGCUAAUGCAAGAAAAUUUCUUGCCCAAAUAAUUGUAGCAGGUGUAAUGAAAAUGGAUGUUUUUAGUGCAAUGACUCAUACUUCAUAGUUUAGUCAAAUAAUAAAUUGAUAUGCCAAAAUUGUCAUGGCAGUUGUUUGAAUUGCUCUGGAAGUCUCUCUAAUCAGUGCACUUAAUGUAUUUCUUCUUUAGUAUUUUAUAAUAAUUAAUGCCUGACUCAGUGUCCUUAGGGUUACUAUUAAAAUUCAUAAAAUGUUUGUGUAAUUUGCCCAAGCAAUUUGAAUUGUGCUUCUUGCUAAAAUUCCACUCAAUGUACAACAUGCAAAAAUGGUUAUUAUAUGUCUACUUAACAGAAUACACAAUAACAGGUAUGUAUGCCUUGCGAUCCUGCAUGCAAACUUUGCACUGGGCCUACUUCCUCAAACUGUCUGGGCUGUUUGGCUGGAUAAUAAGUAUGCAAUAAUUGUGCAGCAGGAUAUUUUUAAGAUGGAUAAACUUGUUUUAAAAUGUCUUCUUAAUCUAUUUGUAGCAAUUAAACAUUUCCUAAUUAUGUUAAAUAUUAUUGUUAAAAAUGUCCAACAAAUUGCUUGACUUGCAAUUAAAAUUCUUGUACUUAAUGCAUAAACAACACUUAUUAUCUAUUUACAGAUGGAACUUGCUAAUAAUGCUCUUAAUCAAUUUAAAAUUGCUUAACUUGCUUAAAUCAAACAGUAUGUUCAUCUUGCCAAAAUGGUUUCAGAUUGGAUUCUUAAUCAGGAUUAUGUUUACCUUAUUGUCCUCCAGUUGACGGAUAUUAUCAAUUACCUGAUUUAACCUGCACUACUUGCCCAUAAGGAUGCUUAAAGUGUUCUUAAUAAGGCUCUAAAUUUGUUUAGUGCAGUUCUUGUUUAGAUGGAUACUACCUAGACCCUAAUACAAAUUUAUGUUUUACUUGCAGUUCUAAUUGUUUAUUAUGUAACGAUGCAAACUCUUGUGCUAAAUGUAGUAUAAAUAAUUAUUUAAUGCCAGCUAUAAAUAAUUAACCUUCUUUUUGUGUUGCUUCUUGUUAACCUGGUUAUUAUAAAGAAACAGAUUCAAGACUUUGUAUUUAAUGUAAUAUUGAUAACUGUACGUAGUGUACUGGCCCCACUUCAUGUUCUAUAUGCUCUGCUGGAUAUUUUAUAGAUAUAAUAUACAAAACAUGCAACUAGUGCUCAGAUAAUUGCCUAAUUUGUACAAAUAGCUAAAAUUGUACCAGGUGUGCUACAAAUUUUAUACUCACUUAAAAUGGAGAUGGUUCAAUAAGCUGUGUAAGAUCUUGCUUAUAGAACUAAUAUGUAAGCACUAAUCCUUCUACUUGUGUUGAUUGUAAUAAAUCUAAGUGCUUAUUUUGCUACUCAGAUAAUAGGUGCAUGGCAUGUACUAACAAUUAUUAUCUAUAUGUUAAUCCCUCUGACCCUAAUAAUAGUACUUGUUAGCAAUGUGAUAGCCGAUGUAGCUCUUGUUAUGGACCAAAUGUAAAUUAAUGUUACUCUUGUACUGCUGGUAAUUACCUUUUAAAUAAUUCAUGUUUGACUUCAAGCUAAUGCUUAGCUUUAGGAGGAUACUAUACUGAUGAUCUUAAACAGCUUUGUUCUAGUUGUUAUCCCCUUUGUAAAAGUUGCUUAACCAGUAAUUAGUAACAAUGUUUAUCUUGCAUAAGUGGUUAUUUCUUAUCAAAUAACAGCUGUAUUCCAUGUGAUCCUUCAUGUCUUACAUGUGGAACCUCAAGCACUUCAUGCCUAAGCUGUUUUAGUGGGUAUUUUUUAAAUUAAGCCACUAACAAAUGCAUUAAAAGUUCUGAUAGCUGUCCAUCAGGUUUUUAUUAAGAUAAUAUCUCAAAUUCUUGUAAAUCUUGCUAGACUCCAUGCUCAACUUGCAGCGGGCCCUCUAUUUUUGAGUGCACCAAAUGUGUAAAUGGGUAUUACUACAAUUAAAGUAGUAUAAUAAAAUGCAUUCAGUGUAGUUAAAGUUGUUAAUUAUGCCAUUCAUAACAAGAUUAAAUAACUAAUAAAUUAACACAAGUCUGUGAUACAUGCUCAAAUGGUUAUUAUAAAUCUGAUCCAAGUUAAAUAUAAUGUAAAUAGUGUAAUUAAUAGUAGUAUAGUAAAAAUAAUUAAUGCUUUAACUGCGAUAGUAGCUGCAAUACUUGCAUAGAUGGAUAACCUACAAGUUGUACUUCUUGUCCACCAAAAUAUUAUGUCUUGAAAUAGAGUCCAAGUGAUCUAUCAGGUAGAUGUGAUAACUGCUAUUAGGGUUGCUUAACUUGCCUUUCAAAUGCUCAAAACUAAUGUCAAAGCUGCGUUUAAGGGUAUUUCUUUUAUAAUAAUUAAUGCUAUAUUAGUUGUCCAUAUCAAUUAGUGCCAGAUAAAAAUUCAAUAUGCUAAUGUCAAAUAGCUGGAUGCUCAAAGUGUUAAAUAGAUGGCGUAAGAUAACUUGCAGUGUGUGUGAGUUGUUCGAAUCCAUAGUAUUUUUUAUAUAACUCAAGUUGCUUAAGUGCUUGUCCUGCAAACUUAUUUAGCAAUUUUAUAAAAAUGCAGUGCGUCGAUAAAUGUUAAUAAACUGAAUAUUUAAAUCAGAACCUAAAAUAAUGCACUAGUAAUUGUUCGUUCUAUUCUUAUACAGAUAUUACAACAAACUAAAAAAUUUGCACAAAUAAAUGCCCAGAUGGAUAUUUUACAGAUUUGAUAAAUAAUGUUUGCACAUUAUGUGAUUAAAGGUGUUCUACUUGUAAUGGGCCUACAAAUUCUUCUUGCAUCACUUGUAGCUUUGGAAAUUUAAUGCAUGAAGGUACAAAUAUUUGUAACAACAUAUGUUUGAAUGGAUAUGUACUCGAUACUCAAAAAACUUCGUGUUAAAUAUGCUAAAUAAACUGUUCAUCUUGUAUAUAGAGCUAAGUACUUUAUAUUAAUUAAUGCUUAAAAUAAUGCCCUUUUGGAUUCAUCGUUUAAAGCGGUACAAAUAGAUGCAUUGCUACAUCUUAUCAAAGCGUAUAAAUUCUAAAUUCAGAUGUUCUUUCAAAAUAAGGUGUUUCUCCCUUUUUAGACCUUGAAAUAGAAGGUGUUUUAGUUAAUAUAGAUCCAGGAAAGAUAAUAAGCAUAGAAUGGAAAUUAAUUAGCUCGACAGAUUAAACUAUACAAUAACUUUUUACAGGAACUAACAAUUUUGUGUUUAAAUAUAAUCUCAUUUUACUAAUCAGUUAAAAAUAUUUAAGAGGAAACUAGAAACAUAUCUUUUAAUUAGAAGUCACCCUACCAAAUAAUGUUAUUUUUGACUAAAGUGUAGUUGUUUUAGUAAAAAGAGAAAUGCUAGGUGGAAAAUUUACUGUUAAUUAAGCAUAUUAAGAUGCAAAUAGUGUUUUUAACAAUUUUUAUUCUUUUUCUAUGGGAUAUUUUGAUACAUCCAGACCACAGCUUAUUUAUAGAAUUUAGUGUGAAAGAAUUAAAAUAGUUAAUAGCAUAUAUUUGGUUUCAUAUGAGAAUUUGCUUUUGUUUGAUGAAGUUUUAGUUAAUUUAAUGCAGCCAUAAAAUGGAUAAUCAAAUGUUCUUAUAGAUGACAGUUAUUAAUCUUCUACUGAUAAAUACUUCUUCCCUGUUUUAAAUGUUGACCAAAAUUUUAUGUGCUCUUUAAUAAUUAGGGGUAAUUCAUCAAGCAGUGAUACAGUUUAACAAAAAAAGCAGUAAGAUUUUGCUAUUUUAUUCCAAAACUUAACCAUACCUGCUUUUACUUAAGGUUUAUAACAAUUAAAUUAGUAAAUUCAAAGUAUUAUAAGUUAAGCUGAGAAAAACCCUAGUUAAAUAUAAAUUAGCCAAUGGGUUUAAAUGGCCUAUUCAUUAGACCAUGUGAUUAAAUAAACAGCAGCAGAUUAAUUAGCAUUUUAGCUGAUUUAAAAUUCAUUAGAUAUGGAAAUAAAUUAUUAAUCAAAUCCCCCAACAAUACAAUAAGCAAAUAAAAUUUGGAUGAACUUUUUUUAAAAUUGUAAUUUAAGCACAGAUUCGUAAAAUAGUAUCUAUUGUAAAUGUUAAGAUUAGUAUGUAGGUGUUUUUUGCUAGUAUAGUUCAAUAGACACCUAAGUUUAAUUGCUAAUAAGAGUUUCUAAUUUAUUACAAAACUAUAUUAUCAAUGGUAUCUAGCAAUAGAUUGUAUCAAAUACUAAUAAUGUUUCUAUGAGUUAUGUGCCUUUAAUCAGAAAAUUACUAAGUUAUAACUUAAACCUUAGCAACUCAAACUUAUUUUUUGCAUCUGUCAUUCAAUACUUAGCUCUGAUUUCAUAAACAAAAAAUUAAAGUUAAAUACUUGAUUUUGUUCAAGAUAUAUUUAUUAUUAUGGAAGAUUUGUAGUUAAAUAUUAUGGUUUCUUCCUUUGAUUCAGCAACUGCCAGAACAAUAAUUAUAAAUUAACUUAAUAUGCUUAAAGAUACUUGGGGUAUUUAUUUCUCAAAUAACUCCUAUUUAGGAUAGACUUUAACCCUAAUAGGUAAUUUCUGUAAGGUAAACUUAGUUACAUUAUAGUUAUCUAGGAUAAAUGAUAAAAAAAUAAGUUAAUAAAAUAAAUAAUAAACAUAUUUGAUGGUAACUUAUGAUAGUAUAAGUAUUAAUAUACCACCAGAAGUUGUUUUAGAUUGGAAUAAACUUACAAUUAUUUAAAGAGUUAAUCCUUUUUUACCACAAUUUAAAUCUGAUACUUAUUCAAUCUUAUUGUCUCCUAUUUAUGAUAUUGAUCUAUUUUCUGAUGAAAGCUAGUAAAAGAUCAAAUACAGUAACAUGUAAUAGCCCUUUUAAAUUUAGUUAACCCUCUAAGCUCCUUUAAUAAUGAAUGAAACUUCUAAAAUUACCUCUUCGUUAUUUGAAUGUGUUUAUUUUGAUGAGAAUACAAAUCAAUGGUCUAAUAAUGGAAUUAAUUUAAUAAAAGUAGUAAAUAAUAACACUAUUGUGUGCUAAACUUAUCAUCUAAGUCGAUUUGCUGUUAGGAAAGCUGAUCAUACUCCAAAUUACUCUAGUAAAGUAAUUGAUACAAAAUCACUUUCUUAGAUACUUCCUUAAUCUGAAGUUUAAAUAGUUACUUACGUUCCAACUUAACCAGGAUAAAAAAGUUAAUCCUUUUAGGAUUGGUUAAAAUAAGACUUAAUUUAAUCUUUAAAUCUACAGAAUGCUAAUAAGAAUCCUUACUAUAUUGAUUCUUUUGUCGAAAUUUAGAAUUAAAAUAUUGUAAUACUGAAUCAUCUUCAAUUCCCAGGGAUAAUUCCUUUUAAAUAUCCAGAUAACUUUUAAACACCAUUUGGUUUAUAUUUCGUAUUGGUUUGGUUAUUAGUCUUACUAACACUGGUUCUUCUAAUUAAAUUUUAGGUUACUUAAAUCAUACAGAAUAUGAUUUAGUUUAUUAUCUAAAGAAUUAAAAAAGAUGAAGCUGAAAAAAAAGAAAAGUAGGAGAGAGAGUAGAAAAAAAAAGAAAAAGAAAAUAAAAAAGAGGGUAAGUAAGAUAAAAAUAGUGAUUAAAACGAUAUUGAACUAGGAUUAAACACUAUCGGAAAAACUGAAGAAGAUGAAAAUAAUAGAGACUUAGCUUUGCUAAAUAAAAUUAAAAAAGACAUGAACUUGCUUUAUUAGUCUAAUAACUUGGAUACACCCAACAACAGAUAAUAAAAUGAAAUCAAAAAUAAAAAUGAAGAUUUAGUUUAGUUUAUUGAUAAGAUCAAGCUAAAAAAGUAUUAAAGCGACAAAGAAGAUAUUGGUUUUGGAUCUUUUGCAGAGAAAAGACUUAAACAGAUAAGUUAAAAUGAGAAUUAGCAACUUUCUAGCUCAAAUUUUAAAAAGAAUUAGUAGAUAAAUGAAGUUUAAAGGUCUAAUAAGCGUAAGGAUAGUGUUCUGAGCAUAUAUUCAAGACGAAGUCCAAAAUCAAAUACCAAUAAAAACAGCUAAGGAAUCCAAGAUUCUGUAAUAGAAAAAAAUGCAAUAGCAGAAAUUUGGAAUGAAUAAGAUUUUUUCAUGAAAUAAAACAUGAUAUAAAUUUAAAAAAAUAGUAAAAAUCAAGAUAGAAAUUUAAGUUAAGACAAUGGUAAUUAGGUUAUUUUUAUAAAGAAUCCUUUGAACUAGUUUAAUUGGUAUAACCAUCACCCAUUGAUUUCUAUUUUUGUUAAGCAAAAUAAGCUAUUAAGUAGUAAACUACUUAUUAUUUUGUAAUUUAAUAUUGUAUUUUUAAGUUUAGGUGCUUGCAGCACAAUUACAAACGACUUAAAUAAUGUAGAAGCUUAUUUCAUCACAAUAUUAGUCGCUCCUGCUAUCACUUAGUUUUUUUAUUCGUUGUAUAACUUUUUUUUCUUUCAAGCUUCAUAGUCAUUAAAGUAUUCUUCUUUGAGAGGAGGCUCGCUGCAUUUUGCUUAAGCAUUUAAUUCUAGGUAUAGAAUAGGACUCUUAGUGAUUUCAGUUUUAAUCUUUAUAGGAGAUAGUAUUCUGUUGAUAUUGUUUGGGUAAAAGCGCUAUAUAAAAGAUUAUGGUCCAGUGUUGGUUCGCUUUGCAAUCUCUGCUGUAGUUGAUAUUUUUCUCGUAGAGAUAUUAUUUUUAUUAAUUGCUUAUGUUAUUUUCAAGUUUUAGAAAAAAAUAUCGCCCUUUAGAUAUUAUUUGUAUUUUAUUGUGAAGGGAUAUGCUAUUAAUUUUGCUGAAAUCUCAGAUUUCUAUGUUAAGAAAUCAGAAAAAGAUUAAAACGAGUAGAGAAAAAUAAGAAAUAUUGCAUUUAACGGUGACAUCUAAAACAAAAAAAGAGAGAAGCUAUCAAAGAAAAAAGCUGAGAAAAAAAAUAAAGGAUAAGAAGGAGGAAAGAAAAAUAAGGAGCAUGUGAAAUUAGAAAAAAAGAAAAUUAAAAUAGAAAAAUCAGAAAAUUGA